AUGGAUGUCUCGCUGACUUACCAUCUCGCCAGGGCGCAUGUUGGCUCACUAGCCAACGAACCGGAAGGGGUCAUGCACCCUCACGUAGCGCAGCUGGCGGCGCAGGAUGGAGGCUUUCAAUUGGCUCAAUCUAGAGCUGUCAGUUCUGCAAAAGAGUCUGCCGUCUCUGCACUACUCCUGGCAUCUGCAAAGAAUGGCUUUGCCGAUCGUCUCGUGUACCUCCCAACCUUCUAUCAUUUUGUGAGUGUAGCUGACUCGUUCCUAGACAAAUCUCCGAGACUCGUUGCGCUAAUGUUCGUUGCGCCCUUUACGCGUUUGAAAAGCUGCUUUCGCAUGCUGCCGGCUUCUUGCUCUUGCUCGUGCAAAGGAAAUGGCGCGUCCUUUUAGCCGGAGAAUCCCAGCGCAUCCUCGAUCUCGUAGAGACAUUUGCCAAAACGUACGUCUUUGAGAUCUCUGCGUACGUGCCUUCGACCGAUCCGAACGCGCAUGGCAAUGCAAGCAACGGAAUUGGCGCUGUGCACCCUGCGCUCGCUACCGCGGAAAGCUUGCAAGGCGCUCUGAGACACGUCCUGAGUCAAUGUAGACCCGGUCCUGCGUAG